UGGAGGCCGGCCACACGCGUAUAUAUACAUGCUACAGGCCUCUCCCGCGUCAAAGAAAGCUCUAGAGGGUAGCUAGCUUUAAUUUGCGUGUCAACCGCCAUGGCUGACUUCUCGUCUAGCAACGGCGUCCCGCCGGGGUUCCGGUUCCACCCGACCGACGAGGAGCUGCUGCUCUACUACCUCAAGAAGAAGAUCGGCUUCGAGAAGUUCGACCUCGAGGUCAUCCGGGAGGUCGACCUCAACAAGAUCGAGCCAUGGGACCUCCAAGAGAGGUGCCGGAUCGGGUCUGCGCCGCAGAACGAGUGGUACUUCUUCAGCCACAAGGACCGCAAGUACCCGACGGGCUCGCGGACGAACCGCGCGACGACGGCCGGGUUCUGGAAGGCGACGGGGCGUGACAAGUGCAUCCGCACCAGCUACCGCAAGAUCGGCAUGCGCAAGACGCUCGUCUUCUACCGCGGCCGCGCCCCGCACGGCCAGAAGUCCGACUGGAUCAUGCACGAGUACCGCCUCGAGGAGAUCGACGAAGCCCAGGGCGGCACCAGCGAGGACGGAUGGGUGGUGUGCCGCGUGUUCAAGAAGAAGUGCUUCUUCAAGAUCGCCGGAGGAGGCGGCGGCGGGGAAGGGAGCACGAGCCAGAGCGCGGAGGCUGGCCAUGGCGGCGGCGGGCACCACCAGCUGGCCGUGACCUCGCCACUGGCCAUGGCGUCCCACUACAUGCACGGGAUGCACCAACACCCGCAGUACCAUCAGCACCAGCACUCCUCCUUCUACUACUCCCAGAUGCAGCCCCCGGAGGCGGCCAGUUACUCGCACCACGUGCAGGUCCAGGACCUCCUCACCAACCACAGGCCGGCAGCCGACGCCGGGUACGACUUCUCCGGCUUGCCUGUCGAGCACCCAGCGGCAGGCCUUGACGUUGGCAGCAGCGACGGCGGGGAUGGGCUUGUCGCCGAAGGAAGAGAUCAUACGACGAACGGUGCAGCGGCUGAUGAGCAGCAGCAGUGGCAGGCGUCCAUGGACGGUUUCAGCAACGGCGGUGGCGGGGGCGCCUCGGCUGCGGUGCAGCAGAUGAGCGCCUUGAACGGCUCCGGGCAACGAGGCGGGGAGAUGGACUUGUGGGGUUAUGGGAGGUAACUAAAUCAGUACCAAGACAUGGAUCACAGGUGCAUGCAUGUAUAUGAUGCAUGUGUGGGAAUUAACCUGCAAAUGCUGGUUACUGGCCGGUGGAGAGUUAUAAUUAAUUGGUUUUGGGUGUUCGAUGACCGAUCGAUGUGAGUGUAUAUCUUGUGUUAUUAAUUUGUUGUUUGAUUGUAAUAAGCACCAAGGACGAUGCAUAUUGGUGUCUAAGAGUGUAAGUGGUGAUUAAAUUGUGUGUGUACAUGUUGCAAGGAGAAAAACAAAAGAUCUUUUAAGUUUUUGGGUUUUUUCUUGUCAUACAUGUAUAGAGUUGUAUAGAGUACACAAAUGUAGAGCCUGAGUGUUGGAAGUGGGGGUGGCAGCAUUCGUAAUGCUGCAUCUACAUACCCUUUUCCUAUCCUGUUUCCUGUGUGACAAAAUCAAUUACUAUGACAAUUAGUUAA